AUGACGGUGUCAGGCCAAAGCCACGCCUCCAGCCACACCCAGAGCUACAAUCAAAAACGGCUCCCUACUCGCCCACCACCGCAAACAGUUCACAGCAGCGGUAUACCUCCACGUAGUUCUGCGUCCAGCGCUCCCCCGCAACACGCAUAUGCCGCAGCGCCUUCACGCUUCGAACACCACCACCCCCACUCCCACCCCCACUCCCAUUCCCACAGCGGCCGCUCCUCUUCAGCAAAUGGGCCUCCGGGCCAAUCUCUCAGCCAGCCUCAGACUCAGUCUCGUCAUCACCCCCUCCAUCCGUCCCCGCCGCCCCAAAAUUACGGUUUUGGCCCCCCACCAGUGCACCCCCAGCGCAACCGACCCCCGCCCUCAUCGCGGCCUCCCCCAUCGCCUGCCCCACCGCCCUUGACGGCACCCAGCGAUGACCCGCAACAACUGUUCCCACUCUUCCGCGCUGCGAACGCAUCUCACUCUGGUGCCCUCACUGAGGGCGAGCUUGGCAGCGCGCUCGUAAACGGCGAUUACACGUCCUUCCACCCGCGGACGGUCAGACUGAUGAUCCGGAUGUUCGAUCGCGACGGUAAUGGGACAAUCAACUUCGACGAAUUUGUCUCGUUGUGGCGGUAUCUGGCUGCAUGGCGGGAGCUCUUUGAUCGCUUCGAUGAGGAUCGCAGUGGGCGUGUCAGUCAGCCCGAGUUUGAAAAGGCGCUUGUUGCGUUCGGAUACCGUCUUAGUGGGAAGUUUAUUUCUGUUAUCUUUGGCGUCUUUGAAGGCAAGGCCAAGCAGAUGAGCCAUGCGCCGAAGGAUUCUAGGCUUCCUGGUAUGGGCUUUGAUCUUUUCGUUCAGGCUUGUAUUAGUCUGAAGCGGAUGACGGAUGUCUUUAAGCGGUAUGAUGAUGAUCGGGAUGGAUAUAUUACUCUGAGCUUUGAAGAGGCUUUGACUGAGAUUCUUCUGUUGCAGGAGUAA